AUGGGCAGGUAUCCCGUUUCUUUCCUAGCCUGGCACAGCUCCGAGGUUUCCCUGAUUUAUGAGGCCAUAUUUCUUCCGAUGAUCGAGAGAAACACUCGCCUCUCGACUGGGCAUGGAAGGCUCCCCACAACAGGCCAUCCAUUUCCCCUCUGGAUGACCGCUGCUGAAGAUAACUUGUCCUGA